AUGGGAGGGGAGGAGCUCAUCUUUGAAGGUUGCAACUUUUUCCGACAACGGCUGACCUUUUCUGUAUUGAGUGGUCGCCCUGUAACUAUUCAGAAUAUCAGGAAGGACGAUGACGCACCUGGAAUAAAAGAUUUUGAGGCAAAACUUCUAUCACUUUUGGAGAGGAUAACUAAUGGAACAAGAGUCGAGAUAAACACUACGGGUACGGAAGUGCGUUUUCGUCCUGGUAUCAUCAUUGGAGGAGUGCUGACUAUGGACUGUGGCUCCGAUCGGUGUUUGUCAUAUUUCCUGGAGCCUAUGAUCAUUAUCUCACCAUUUUGUAAGAAUGCAAUGACGCUGAAAUUGAAAGGAGUCACCAAUGCACCGAAUGAGAUCUCCGUUGAUGCUAUCAAAUCGACAUGGCUUUCGGUUUACAAUAAGUUUGUCCUUAAUGAUGAAAAGCUUGAUCUGAAGAUAAGCGCACGAGGGCUCAAGCCGGGAGGUGGUGGCUGCAUAAUAUUUUCCGCUCCUAUCGUGAAGACUUUGCGGCCCGUACAGCGCCCAAAAUCCGGCAAGAUAUGCAAGAUUCGUGGCCAAGCGUACGUAACGAAGGUAACUCCUUCUCUUGCAUACCGUAUGAUCGAUGCAGCAAAGAAAAUGCUUCAUGGCUACAUUUCUGAUGUGUACAUCACAGUUGAUCAACGCAAAGGAGAUGCGGGAGGAAAUUCACCUGGGUAUGGGCUGUUCUUAACGGCAGAGACGACUGAAGGAGUUGUUUACCAUGGGGAAGCGAUUUCUAAACCAAAAGGAGAGGCUGGGGACCCCAUCGUUCCGGAGGACGUUGGAGCAAACGCCGCAUCUGCUUUACUUGAGGAGAUCUACAGGGUAAUUUGCAUUUGGAUUUUCUUAUUAUCAUCGCGUAAACGUCGCCUUGCAGAGUACCUUGCUAUGAUCGCAUUUAUUCUUGAUUGGGAUUUUUGUCGCUUUAUCUCUUCUGCUGUGUAA